GUCCAGCAAUAGUCAACAAUGGCUGAGAUAGGGAGUGUAUGUCAAAGGAGUGCAACAUUAUUUUACGUAAAAAGAGAUACUGUGUGACAUUCGAAGUUAAUACGUAGAUCAUAAGUUAUGAAUUAUUUAGGAAAAUUGUCGUGUAACUUCUUCAGAUGAAAGUACAUACGUGCAGUAGGCGUAGAUCAGUCAUUGCUAAGGAUGCAUGAUGCGUACGAAAUCUUCCAGCUAUUAAAAUUAACUGUCCAGAUAGAGUCAAUCGCUGCCUACGAUGACAACUUACUGGUGGGAACCAAAACUGGGCAUCUGCUUAUGUACUCCAUCCUCUGCCGGGGAACAAAUAGCUAUGAUGCUACUACCUCAGGCUCCGGAGCUAACAAGCAUGAUGUCCAGCUCUUGCGCUACAACAAGAACUUCAGCAAGAAACCGAUACAGCAACUUGCUGUUGUGCCGGACUACCAGAUCCUGGUCAGUCUCUCAGAUAACGUCAUCUGUGUGCAUGACAUGAAUGCCAUCAACUUCCCAACUAUGACAACAGUACAUAGAACCAAGGGAGCAACACUGUUUGCUUUAGAUAUCAAGAAAUACACGUCACUAACAGGAGAGACGACUGUGGCAGUUCGCAUGUGUGUUGCAGUAAAAAGGAGGCUACAGCUAUUCUACUGGAAGAACGGCAGCUUUCUAGACCUUCGAGAUGAUGUCAUAGUAUCGGACAUUCCGCGUGCGCUAGCUUGGUGUGAUGAAACUAUAUGUGUUGGUUUCAAGGGAGAAUAUUGCCUUGUCCAGCUCUCAAAUUCAACAGGGACACAACAGGAAUUGUUUCCAAUGGGCAAGCAUCAGGAGCCAAGUGUCACAAAACUGUCAAAUGGAAUAUUCGCACUUGGAAAGGACCAGCAAUCUAUCUUCAUGACGACAACAGCAACCCCAGCCUAUAAGCAUGCUGUCAAGUGGUCGGAUGUCCCAGUGGCAAUUGCAUACGACGAGCCAUACCUGGUGGCGGUCCUGCCGGAAGGCUUGGAGGUGCGCACUCUUGAGCCGGGCGCCCCACUGUUGGUGCAGAGCAUUGCGCUGCCACCCCCGCAGCGGCCGAGACUAGUGGCGCCCUGCCGGCGGGGGCUGCUCUACCUCGCCUCUCCCGCCUUCGUCUGGUGCCUCCAGGCCGCCGAGCUGUCUCGCCAGAUCUCCACGUUGCUGGAGCAGCGCCAGUUCCAGCUCGCUCUGCGGCUUACGAACAUAUCAGAUGAGUCAGAGGAUGAGAAAUCGAAGAACAUCUAUCACAUACAGACACUGUAUGCAUUUGACCUUUUCAAGAAUAAGCAGUUCCAUGAGUCUAUGAAGGAGUUUCUCAAACUGGGAACAGAUCCGUAUGAUGUGAUUCGUCUGUUCCCGGAUCUACUUCCGCAGGAGACACGACAGCCGACUCUGGACAGUCCCGACAGGCACCCUAUUCGACAGAAGCUUCAAGAUCGAGAGCUCGAAAAUGCUCUUCUUGCGUUGAUUGAAUUCCUCACUGAGGUCCGUCUUAAAUUGAUGGCUGGCAACACUGUCCAAAACAAAGCCAUGGGUAACAAUGUGAAUAAUAACAACAAUUAUAACAUAAGGAACAGUGACAAUGUAGUGGCAGAGGGAAGCAACAUGAACAAGUCCACACAACAGCUGCUGCAAAUCAUAGACACAACUCUGCUGAAAUGUUACCUUCAGACAAACGACGCCUUGGUGGCUCCCCUGCUGAGGCUGAACCAGUGUCACCUGGUGGAGACAGAGAAGACCCUGCGGAGACACCAAAAGUACAGUGAGCUGGUGAUACUGUACCAGACCAAGGGCCUGCACCGAAAGGCACUGGAACUGCUGCAGAAACAGGCCGACCAAGUAGACUCAGCCCUGUAUGGACAUGAGCGCACCAUCCAGUACCUACAGCACCUCGGCAAGGAUCACAUAAAUCUGAUCUUCGAUUUUGCCGGCUGGGUGCUGGAGAGAAGUCCUGAGGAAGGCCUGCGGAUAUUCACAGAUGAUUUGCAUGAAGUUGAGCAGCUGCCUCGUCCCAAGGUGCUGGAUUUUCUGCUCAGGAAUCAUAGGGACCUUGUAGUGCCAUAUCUGGAACAUGUGAUUCAUGUGUGGCAAGAAAAGAACUGCAUUUUCCACAAUGCUCUGGUGCAUCAGUACAGGGAGCACAGUCUGCAACUUCUACAAAACCCUGAGACUUUUGAGGCCGGACGUGCUUUACGUGUGAAGCUGCAAGACUUUCUUGAGGUGUCUGAACACUAUACGCCCGAGACUGUGCUCAUUCACUUCCCGUAUGACAAUCUCUUUGAGGAACGUGCUACAGUUCUUGGAAAACUGGGUCGUCACGAACAGGCACUGUCAAUCUAUGUCAGUGUUCUUGGUGAUGUGGAGCAGGCAAUGCGAUAUUGUGAUAAGGUGUAUAGGCAGCAGGCAGAGGGUGCCGAUGAGGUGUACGCGAUACUGAUGCGCAUGCUGGUGAAUCCACCAGAGAGCUGGCUUGUCGGGGUCCCGUCCCCACCGACCGUCCAGCCAGACCUGGAGGCUGCCCUCACACUACUGGAGCAGCAUGCCAGCAAGAUUCAUCCUGUCAAAGCCCUGACGGCGCUUCCAGAUCGAGUCCCUCUGAUCCGCAUCAAGCACUUCCUCGAGUCGAGUCUGCAGCACAAACUGAGUGAGCGCAGAACGACACAGGUCCUCAAGGGUCUACUCUACGCUGAACAUUUACAGGUGCAGGAGAUGAGGAUGCAGUACGAAUCUCAGAGCAUUACCAUGACGGAGUUCAACGUGUGUCCUGUCUGUAAGAAGCGAUUUGGAAAUCAGAGUGCCUUUGCUCGGUACCCGAAUGGUGACAUAGUCCAUUACUCGUGCCAGGAGAGGCGGACUACUUAGUGGAAACUGCCUGGUUUGUCUUUGUGCUCAUCACAGAAGCUUUGUGAAAAUGCAAACCGAGUACCUCUUUGUAUUCUAAAAGUGGGCAGACAGGUCUGUAUCUGCUGACAUGUCGAUUUGGCAGAAUACAUGUAGACCAGUUUGUGGGAAUACUGUUCGGUAGCUUACGGCAGUUUACAGUUAGCGCUCUGAGGGGAGCAUGUAUUUGAGAACCGAAGCUAGUCAAGUUGGAGGGGCCCAUGUUAUGACAUUAGAGCCUGACUGUCACUUUGUAUAUUUUGGCCAAGACACUGCGAGUCAAGUUGUAAUUGAUCUGGUUAUAUUUUGCACCUCAAAUGCACAACAGCUUCUAACGUAUGCAGUAAGGACUGUAGAAAUCAUGUAUGUUCAGAUAAAUAGGUGCCGUGUGAAUCUUUGUCAGGUACAUUAAUGCUUUCCUAAUAAGUUUGUUUGGGAAAAAUAAAAUGUUCAGCAUUAUUUUUUGUUACAUCCAGUUGUGGACAUCCAGAUCUUUGUUAUUGUGACACUUUUGUUGAGAUUUUUAUCACAAUUAAAAUUUUUUGUGAAAUACUUUAUUUUUUGUUAAUAGGUUAAAAAGUUAUCACGCAUGUUAAUCUUUGAUAAACUAGGACAAUUACACAUAAAAUGUUUUAAUUUUAUAUUGUAUAGCUGUAAGAACUUGCAUGAACGAGAGAAGCAGCAAAGUGCCUUUUUCCACCACAGUUUCUGUUACGUAUAGGCCAUGCUCUAUCACAUUUUGGGCAGAGUAAACCAGUUCUUCCAUUUUAAUUUU